AUGGCUGAUGAUUCACCGGGCAUGGCAUUUUCUUCGCCAGCGGCUGAUUGGGGACAGCUAGGUGGACUUAGCCCUCCCGGUCAAGUAGAAUUCAAGGCUGGUGUUCUGGCCUUCGAUGGAAACCCCGACUUUUCAGAGUCGAAAGUAUGGGCUUAUGUCGAAAGUUUCAAGGAACAUAUCCUUAACAUGCACCCGAUCAUUCAGCCCAAGCUUCUGGAUUAUUGGGUCAGACACUUUUUGUAUGAUCUCCCAGCCUCGUAUCCGCGCUCCGCAAAGCCCCAGACAUCCAAGCCUACAUUUGCUGUAGGAGGAGCCAUCCGCAACGGAGCCAUUCCACCCUCACCCAAUCAAGGCUCCCCUCCUGGAUACUCAUCCCACUCGCACUCCUCAGGCCUACCUUUCAAGGAGCGGGAACGAAAUAUUCACAGUCGCCGGUCUUCAAUUCAUGGCUUGGAGUAUUUCGCCUAUGCUACAGAUAUUCUUGGAAAUCACCUCGGCGCAUACAACAAUAUGAAGAAUGUCUAUGCCAACAUCUUUGCUGAGUUGUAUCACGGUCAGCUAGGAAGACCGAUGGAAAGCUUUGCUCUUAUUCACAAAGCUAGCCAUAAACUGCAGGUCAUCAUGAGACCGAGCUUGGAUAAGUUGAGAAGAAUCAAGCGCAACAGCGAAUUCAUCCAGGAGACCAAGCACAACCAGCUUGCUCUGACUUUCCCGACAUUAACCAUUAUGUUUUAUGCGCUUGAAGACCCCGCCAAGGCAGGCAAGGACAAGUUCAGAAAUGUUGAAGUCAUAUCUGACGCUAUCUCUGGCAUGCACUGGGUUGCACCGAACUUCGCAUUCCGUGAGGACGAUCCCCCAACCGACGAUAUCUUGGCUGCAAAAUUGCGGACCAAGUACUGGGGCGCUCAGUUCUCUCACUCGAUCAAGAACCACGCUUCGAGCCCCAACUUCCCCAGCGUCAGCUCGGGAUUCCGAGAGAACGUGACUGCGCCGAUGAUCCACCCCAAAGCUAGGACAAUUGGCGAUGUCGAUCCCCAAGUAGUCGAAUUGGCUAAAAAGGGUAUCAAGCCGCUUAUAGAGAGUACUGGCGCCUUCCUUGGCUGGGGAGAUAGGAGGCCGAUCAUCACAAACAUUUUUGGUACUGCCCAUGCGUAA